AUGGAACAACGCCACAUGCAGAUGCGGUACCAGCUGGCUGCAAACCAAAUCCGCGACUUUUCAAUGGCCCAACGUCAACUGCUUGCCCGAAGACUUGCCUCUGAGAUGGCCGAUCUCAAGGAGUCCGCGGAGGCCGAACGCUCCAACUUCCUGGACAAGCAAGCUCAAGAGAAAAAGGAGUUCUUAAAACGGGAAAAGUACGAUCAAAAGAAACAAUUGGCUGAAUUCCAAAGGAAUUUACGCGCGGGAAAUCCUGAGUCCGGUCCACUACCAAAGGACACCCUCGCAAAGUUUCAGGAGCGUUGGCGGCAGACCGCUAACCGAAACCUCCAACAGCUUGAGAGCCGCCAACGUGCUCAGUUACGUGCUCUGGACACUAAGUGGAUGUCCCGCUUCACUGAACUUGACCAACAACAGGCCGAUAAGAAGAAUAUUCUGGUGGACCAGGAAACAAAACGCCUACGUGAGCUCAACGAGGAACAUCAGCGCGAGUUGAAGGUUCACUCGGAUACUUUUGCACGCAAGAUUGCUCGUCGGACGCUCUUUGUCUUACUGUCUGACAUCUACAUUUUGUGGAAUCUAGUCUCUGCUCUUCGAUGGCUGGCAUCAAAUGGAAUUAAGUGCGAAUGUGGUGGGCACCGUAUCUCGCUCCGGCGCCCCCAUCGUCAUCACCACCACUCACGUUCCACUUUGGGCACCAGCUUCAGCCAGUCUCUAUCUCAGUCCGGUCGACAGGCACGUGCCCUGACACACAGUCUGGACAACUUGGCCAUUGAGGAGGAGGAAGUGGACGCCAACAACGGCAACGGCAGCGAUCAUCAACGCUACAGUUCCUCCAGCGCUUCCUCCAUUUCUGCCUCCCGUCCGGAUGGCUCUGGUGACUGUCAGCGAACCUCCUCUGCCGACGCUAAUGACUACUGUCCCGGCUAUCGUCUAUAA